CGUGUCAAUUACGACAUAUGACAAUUUCCCUAACCGUGGAACAUCAGUUUUUCUGAGUUGUGAUGUUCUUCUGACUGAUUUUUUCGGAAAUUUAACUUCGUUUUAAGGUUAAAAAUCGAUUAAACCGUCAAAAGAUAAACAUUUUAAAAAUGUACAGUGCUCAUCGCUAUCGUUAUAAAAAUGCCGGAUUAGAUGCUCAAGAAUUACGUCGGCGACGUGAAGAAGAAGGAGUUCAGUUGAGGAAACAGAAACGAGAACAUGAAUUGUGUAAAAGAAGGAAUCUCAGUUCACCAAAUGAACCUAUUCAAGAUGCAGAAAUUACAUCUACUAUGAUAGAAGAUAUUCCUGGAUCAGCAGUACUUACUAUCAUAACACCUGAAAUGGUUGCUGCAUUGUACACUGAUGUUAUUGAAGAACAGUUAAAUGCCACCCAGAAAUUUAGAAAAUUGCUAUCCAGAGAACCGAAUCCUCCGAUUGACGAAGUUAUACAGACGGGAAUCAUUCCGAAAUUUGUUGAAUUUUUACAAAAAAAUGACAAUUGUACAUUACAGUUUGAAGCGGCUUGGGCUCUUACUAAUAUUGCUUCUGGUACGUCGCUUCAGACAAGAAUUGUUAUCGAAGCAGGAGCUGUACCCAUAUUUAUCCGUCUACUCGAUUCCGAAUAUGAAGAUGUACAAGAACAGGCUGUGUGGGCUUUAGGAAAUAUUGCAGGUGAUAGUCCAGAAUGCAGAGAUUAUGUUUUAUCUCAAGGAAUUUUGAUGCCUCUGUUACAAUUAUUAAGUAAAUCGUCAAGAAUAUCUAUGACAAGAAAUGCAGUAUGGGCUCUUUCUAAUUUAUGUAGAGGAAAAAAUCCUUCUCCAAAAUUCGAAGAGGUUUCUCCAUGCUUACCAGUUUUAGCCAGAUUACUUUUUCAAAACGAUCCCGACGUAUUAGCCGAUGGCUGUUGGGCUUUAUCUUAUCUAUCAGACGGUCCAAAUGAGAAAAUACAAGCUGUUAUCGAUGCCGGCGUUUGUAGACGAUUAGUAGAAUUAUUAAUGCAUUCGAAUCAUAAUGUAGUAUCUGCGGCAUUACGAGCUGUAGGUAAUAUAGUGACGGGAGACGAUAUCCAAACUCAAGUAAUAUUAAAUUGUAAUGCCUUGCCUUGCCUUUUGCAUUUAUUGUCUUCUCCAAAAGAAUCCAUCCGCAAAGAAGCAUGUUGGACAAUUUCAAAUAUAACUGCUGGAAACAGGCAACAAAUUCAGGCUGUGAUUGAUGCCAAUAUUUUUCCCGUCCUCAUUGAAAUUUUGGGUAAAGCCGAAUUUAAAACAAAAAAAGAAGCUACUUGGGCUAUUACAAAUACUACAUCUGGUGGAUCGCCCGAACAAGUUAGAUUUUUAGUUGAGCAAGGAUGCAUCCCUCCAUUAUGUGUGUUGUUGACAAUGAUGGAUGCCAAGAUUGUUCAAGUAGCAUUAAAUGGAUUAGAAAACAUUUUAAGGUUGGGAGAACAAGAUGCCAAAAAUCAUGGCGGAAUAAAUCCCUAUGCCGUCAUCAUCGAAGAAUGCUACGGUUUGGACAAGAUAGAAUUUUUACAAUCACACGAAAACAUGGAAAUUUAUCAAAAGGCAUUCGAUAUCAUCGAACACUAUUUUGGAACAGAAGAGGAAGAUGCCCGUAUUGCACCUGUAGCCGACGAAAAUAGCCAUCAAUUCCAGUUUAGUGCUGCAGAUCAAGGUGUUCCUAUGGGUGGCUUUAAGUUUUGAGUAUAAAAAAAAAAAAAAAAUUUGUAAGAAUUAAAACAAAGGCAAAAAAAGUCUUUCUCCAGUUAUUUCAUUCAAGCAGCUCUUAUUUUACUUUUCGAAAUGAGAAAAAAAAUUUCCUAUAUUGAAGUGGUUGCCUUUUGAUCAUUAAUGCCUGAAAAUGACUGAUAUUUAGAUGCCGUAAGGACUAAAAUUAAAAGGGAAAAAAAAAGAACAUUUUUCUUCUAAAUAUAUUUUGGUAAUAUUUCUAGAGGUUGUAUUUCUCAGAUAACAGAAGUAAUGUUUGGAAUAUAUAAGCUAUACAUGACGAAAUAGUGAAAAAAAAAAUGUACAAGAUUGUUUUAAUAUAUUUAAAUAUAAAAAAUGUUUUGUUGCUGUUGUACAAACAAUAUUGAUUAAUUUAGAAAUGCUAAUGAAUUAGUAUGUAGAUUUUAUGUUGCUUUAAAUGAAUAAUUUAAUUAGUUUCACUAAUUCUUCCUUUCCUACAUUGCAUGUCACUUUACACUUACGUGAUUUAAAAUUUUAAGAUAAAAUUAUUACUAUUAUUAUAUAAAGUAGAAAAGAAAAUUUGAAAUAAUUUCCAACUAAAUCCUAGCAGUUAUUGGGAACACCGUGAGGUGUACAGUUUUCUUAUUGGUUUAAAAUUAAUUUUAAAACCUGUAAUCUAAAAAAAUAGCGUGCCUUAAGUAUCUAAAUUAUAGUAGCCGAUAAUCGCAUUUUACAUUCGGAAUUUAAUUUUAAGCAUAUAUUUCCUUUGAUAAGAUAUAUAUUAUUAAUUAUAUUAUAAGAUUAAUAAUUGCAUUUAUCCUAAUUUGAAAUAUUUAUGCUUCUAUUUAAAAUCACUAGAUUGUAUCGAAGUGAUAUUCUCACAUCAUGCUAUUAGCCCACAUUUUAAGCACACGAUAUUUGAACACCUCGAGAUUAAAAUCUCUGCACAAAGGCACACAUUUGUACAAUUAAUUCGGCCUAUGAAAAUUAUUCUGUUUAAAAAUUAUUUUUCUAAAAUAUUUAAAAUUUCAUAUAUACAUAUAUACAGAUAAAUAUAUUAAUGAUUAGCUUUAUUCAGUAUCAAAGUUUUCGUCUCUUAUUGGCUCUCGAAUAAUUAAUAGGAUAGUUUACGCUCAUAAUUCUUCUAACAAUUUGAUUCCAUAUCACUGAAUUUUCAGAUUAAAAUCUCUGACAAUCAAACCCUUUUUUAUAAAAAAAAAAAUAAGUAAAAGAAACGAAAAAAUGAACCUGUAUAUCAUAACCUUUUGUAAAAUUUCCUCAAAAUCGAUUAAUACAUUUUUCGAGACAUCUUUUAUUUGAUGUUAGAAAAAUCUUUGUAUCGUUACAGAAAAUUUCACGUUUUUCUCUUUCCUUUAUUUAUUUAAUUUUAUGCUAAUACGUAUGCGAUUGUUUAAACGACAGACUAUUUUUUCCCCCAUACGUUCAGUUGCGAGUUCUGUAAGAAAAAGUUUUCGUUCCCACUGCUGGGGUUUGGUUCAUUUAUAUCUGAAAAUUUGAAGAGAGUUGGUUUUAGAUCCCAAAAACAGUAAUGUUUUAUAAUGUGGAAAAAAAAAAAGAUAUUAUUGGUAUUUAUUCAAUAAGUUUUUUAAUAUAUUUAUUUAAAUAUUUUUCUUUAAGAAUCAGAUUUUUAAAUUGAAAAACAAUCAAUUUAAAAAUAUGAUUAUUAUUUUUUUGUUCCAUUUUGAUGAGAUGUAUUGUCAAGAAAAUUUAUUUUUUUAGUCAACAACAUAUAUUCUUUUCUUGAUUAAUAUAAAUAUAUGUAGAUAGAUAGUUAAGAAAUCUGUUUGAAUAAUUUAAAUGAUGAUAAUGAUGAACUUCUGAACUUUGUUUCGAUUGAAUCUGUCAACGGGGAAAAAAAUCCUGAAGCAGAUCUUCUCAAAAAAAUAUUUCUAGAAUGUUGACUUUAAUAUUACUUUGUGUAUAUUUGUUAUCUCUGUGAUGGUGUGUCUUAUUCUUCCAGUAAAAUUUUCUUCAGAAUUGUGUAAAUAACAAUCUAAACGACUAAUAACAGUAAUAAUUAAUAAUGAUAAUUAAUAAUAGUGGCACAGCCGAAUUUCAGUUUUGCUUAAUAUUGUGUUUUUAUUUUGUGUCGUGUUAAUUCAUAUAUAAUUAAUUUUUUCAAUUGUUAAACUAUGGUUAUCCUUGAAAUUGUCUUCUAUUAAUAAUAAUUAUGUAAUAUCCUAAGAUAGUAACUAAGAAAAAAAAAACAAUAUAGAAACAUUUUAAGUAUAGAUUUAAAAAUUUAUGUAGAUUAUCCACAUUAAGGAACAAAGAAAUAAAACAUGAAACAACACCACAGACACAGACACAAACAUACACAAAACACACACAAUGAAUGAGAAAAACUGAACACGACGAUGUGGGUUUGACUGGUGGCAGAUCGUUUUUUAUAUAUAAUGCACUCAAAGUAAUAUAUUAUCGCAAAAAUUAUCUUUGAGAUGAAUUUUUGCUAUCCUUUGCAUAGCCAAAAGCGUUCGUAAUGAAUUAUUAUUUAAUAAAUUUAGAGCAGAGAUAGCAAUGUAAAAAUUGAUUCAAUAUAACUGCUGUAACGUCUUUGUUGCGUCGGAAUCGACGACUGUAAGUAAUAACCGUAGAAAAAUCGAAACCACUCGGAUUUAGAUCGUCGUCUGAAUCUUCUGAUUUGUCCAGAAAAAUAUCUGAGUUGUGGGCCAAAACAUUAGUCAUUCUACAACUUAAAAAGAAAAUAUAAUCCCUCUUCCUGUUUUAUAACAUGCCAGAAGAGAAGAUAAACUUUUCCCCCAUACUAUGCAAAAUUAGUUUUGACUGUGAUAUUUCAUUUAAUUGAAAACUUUGACUAUUGUGAGAAAUUUAAAUAUGUACAGACGACAAAUUUUAAUAAUUUAAUCAGCAAAUUUAAUUAACUAACUGGAUAAAGAAUUAUUUUCAGUUUGUAAUUAUCUAGUCUACUUGAUUUCACAAUAGUCAGCUUUAUUGUAAAUGUUUGAAGUGUUUUUUUUUUUAUUGUGUAGUUUAUGCUUAUUAUAAUUAUAAUUAUUAUUAUUAUUAUUAUUAAAUUUUUUUUACUCAGGGCAAUAAUAAUAAUACUGUAUUGUGUUAUUUAAAUUAGUUUAAACGAUUAAACAAAAGGGAUGUUACUAGGAAAAAAAAGAAUUGUUUUCGUAUUGUCAUUUAGAAAUUUUUUAACAAAAAAGAAACGAAAGUACUUGUUAGGAUAAUGUAAUAUUCUUUAUAUAUACUAGGCACAUCCCUAAUUUUUAAACUUUGUGUGCAGUCUGCCAGUUCUUACUCACAAACAUUGUACAUAUACACAACACAUUCACAACAAGUACAACAUGUACAUAGGACACUGUAUACUACAAUCAUUACUUGUACAAUGUACAUGCAUUACUAAUCAUAUUUGUGAAAAGAAAAAAAAUGUAUUAAAUUUUUUUGUUUGAUUAAUAAAGAAAAUUUGUGUAUGUAAAUGAUA